AUGUCUUUUCGGAAGCGGAAUACAGUGAUUGGUGUCUCCGGUGCCGCACCAGAAUUACAGCAGAAGAAAGUUUCAGUCCCGGGGACUCGGCCUUCGCCCCAUGACGGACGACUCACCACCUCCACGGGAACGUCCUCCCUGGAUCAGCUGCUCGCGGGCCAUGCUGGACUGCCCGUGGGGACGAGCCUUCUCCUUGAGGAGUCUGGAACGACCGACUUUGGAGGGAUCUUGCUGCGCUACUUUGCCGCUGAAGGGCUGAUCCAGGGCCAUUCUGUACAUGUGCUGGGGUUUGGAGAUCAUUGGCGGCGUGAGCUUCCAGGGCUGGCUGCGGAGGGCCGGUCCAAGGAGAGCAGCAAGAGCUCCGGUUCGUCGGACAGCAAGAUGAAGAUUGCCUGGCGAUAUGAGACGCUGGGCAGUAGAGCGGCACCCUCACGAGACUCAUCCGAAGGGAUGGCCCCUUUCUGUCACAGCUUUGAUCUCUCAGCGAGGUUGGACGACAGCGUCGCCCAGGGGCAGUUUCACACCACACGGGGCACCGGCAUGGAGUCAAGCCAGUCGAUAUUCCGGCGCUUUAUCAGCGAUGUCACCACCAAGAUCAAGAGCUCGCCUCCCACCAGCAUUCACAGGAUCGUCAUUCCCAGCUUACUCUCUCCAACGAUUUAUCCGCCUUCAGCUUCUCGCCCGCAAGAGGUGUUGCAAUUCUUACACCAGAUCCGAGCUUUGUUGCGGCAGGACCCCUCGAGGGUCGUUGCCAUGAUGACGCUGCCUACCUCUCUAUAUCCCCGGUCAACGGGGCUGAUUCGACGGGCGGAGCUCAUCUGUGAUGGCGUGCUGGAGCUGAUACCGCUUCAGCAGCAGCCUCAGCACCCCCCUGAGCGGAACUCGGCCAACGAUACCAAGGCGCAGGGGCUCUUUAGGAUACAUUCGCUGCCCAUCUUCCAUGAAAAGGGAGGAGGAUUGGAGGGAAGCUGGGUGAAGGAGGACAUGUCGUUUAAGCUGAGCGCUUCGAGCGGGCUGGUCAUCGCGCCGUAUAGUCUGCCGCCUCUGCUGGAUGAAGACGGGCCUUCGGGUGCGCCAUCGAAUGAGAAUAAGCCAAAGCUGGACUUUUAG